GGGAUAUAACAACAGUGUGGUAAAUUACAAGGCGAAGAAAAGGUUAAAGGCAGAGGGAUGGGCGGGUUGAAGGUAACAUGAUCAGGCUUAUAAGGCCCAAAAGAAAAAGUUCACUAUCACUUGGUCUUCCUGGUUCGACCUCGCCGAGAUGAACAGCGUCCUUCCCCUCGCCGUGUGCCUCCUCUUUGUCUUCAGUAUUGGACAAGGACAUGGGAAUCUUAUGCAAGGAUCCUUUCCUUCUGGAGCCUCCGCAGGGCCUAUGGGAUGCGGCAGAGGGAUAGGCCAAGGAUGCGUGAAAAGCAUAGUCGUCAACAUGAAAUGCGCCUCCGGAACAUAUGUGGAUAUGUGCAACGAGUGUCAGUGCGCCAAGGAACCGAACGAAGACCUUUCUCCCUACCGUGAGACACAAGAGCUUGGGUAUCCUUUGCAAGGACCUGGUUCCCUGCACCCUCUGAUGGCCGCGAGACCCUUUGUACCUUCAGCCUCCGCAGGGCCUAUGGGAUGCAACAGCAGGAUAGGCCAAGGGUGCGUGCAGAAGAUCGUCGACGGCAUGAAUUGCGCCCACGGAACAUAUGUGGAUAUGUGCAACAUGUGCCAGUGUGCCAAGGGGCCAAAUGAACACCUUUCUUUCUACCAUAAUGUACAUGGACAUGGAUAUCCUUUGGAAGGACCUCGUCCCUUGCACCCUCUACUCACCACGAGACCCGUUCUACCUGGGGUCUCCUCAGGGUCUAUGGGAUGCAACAGCAGGAUAGGCCAAGGCUGCGUGCAGAACAUCAUCAACAGCAUGAGCUGCGCCCACGGAACAUAUGUGGAUAGGUGCAAUAUGUGCCAGUGUGCAAAGAGACCGAACGCACACCUUUCCCUCUACCGUACUGGACAGGUUCUUGGGAAUCCUUUGCAAGGACCUGGUUCCUUGCACCCUCUGUUGGUUGCGAGACCCUUUCCUCCUGCAGCCUCCGCAGGGCCUAUGGAAUGCGGCAGCAGGACAGGCCAAGGAUGCGAGCAAAGCAUCGUCGUCGGCAUGAACUGCGCCCACGGAACUUAUGUGGAUAUGUGCAACAUGUGCCAGUGUGCCAAGGGGCCGAACGAAACCUGCGGAGGAGUUUGGAGUGAGUACGGCAGAUGCACCGCAAAACUUCACUGCUUCGUCGGAAACUCGACACCUUUUGUCGGCAAAUGCAGACUCCACAUCGAUGGCUGAAUGCGCUUCUGUAGUUCGGAAGAAUUCGUUUCUCUGAUCACGUCCAUGUGCACACUUUUUGCUUCUUAGAUGUUGGCAAUAUUUACCCCAUUUUAUACCAUAGAAUUAUGUACAAAGGAUUAAAGUAUUGG